AUGCCGUCCCAAGUAGCGACGUGUUUGCGCCUGGCGCGCCAGUUCUCUUCAGACCCGAUCAAGGUAUGUCCGCCGUGUCGCAUUCAAAACCACCGUCCAGAGAACCGAGCUAAUGACGACUUUUUCCCCUUCCAGCAUCAGCGCUUCCUGGCACGCAACUUUUCGAGCAGUCUGCGCCGAGCUGCGAUCAACAAAGUGUUUGCAUCUGCGGAGGAGGCCACAAAGGACAUGAAGUCCAACUCUACACUACUGGCAGGUGGGUUCGGACUCUGUGGUGUGCCAGACACACUCAUCAAUGCGGUUCGGGCAAACUCCUCGAUCCAGGGGUUGACCGUGGUGAGCAACAACGCCGGUGUCGAUGGCUCUGGACUGGGCCUCCUCCUGCAAUCCAAGCAGAUCAAAAAAAUGAUUGCCAGUUACGUCGGCGAAAACAAGACCUUUGAGCGCAUGUACUUGACCGGCGAGAUUGAGCUCGAACUCACUCCGCAAGGCACCCUUGCGGAGCGCUGUCGUUCCGGCGGCGCGGGUAUUCCUGCAUUCUAUACCCCGGCUGCCUUUGGUACCGUGGUCCAGACGGGAGACCUUCCUUUGCGCCACAACAGCGACGGCACCGUUGCUCUUUACAGCCAAGCCCGUGACACCAAAGUCUUUGAUGGCAAGAGCUACGUUAUGGAGGAGGCGAUCAAGGGUGACUAUGCCUUUGUCAAGGCCUGGAAGGCCGACAAGUUGGGCAACUGCCAGUUCCGCUACGCGGCGGCCAACUUCAACGGCGCCAUGGGACGCAAUGCGAAGAUGACUAUUGUCGAAGCGGAGCACAUCGUUGAGCCGGGUGAGAUUGAACCUGCUGCGAUUCAUCUGCCCGGCAUCUACGUCAAGCGUGUGAUCCAGAGCACCACCGAGAAGAAGAUUGAGAAGUACACCUUUGCCAAGGAGGAAGGCGCCGACACCUCAGCCUUGGGCAAGGGUGAUACCGCGAGCAAGCGUGAGCGCAUCGUCCGUCGCGCUGCCAAGGAGUUCAAGAACGGCAUGUACGCCAACCUCGGAAUUGGCAUGCCCAUGUUGGCUCCCAACUUUGUCGACCCCUCCGUUGAGGUGACUCUCCAGUCUGAGAACGGUAUCCUCGGUCUGGGCCCCUACCCCAAGCAGGGACAGGAGGACCCCGAUCUCAUCAACGCAGGCAAGGAGACCGUUACCUUGAAGCCUGGUGCUUCCGUCUUUGGCAGCGAUGAGUCGUUCGGUAUGAUCCGCUCAGGACGCAUCGACCUGACCAUCCUUGGCGCUAUGCAGGUCAGCGCCAAGGGUGAUUUGGCCAACUGGAUGCUUCCCGGAAAGAUCAAGGGUUUCGGUGGCGCCAUGGACCUGGUUUCCAACCCCUCGGCUACAAAGGUGGUCGUCACCAUGGAACACACGGACAAGAAGGGUAACCCCAAGAUUGUCAAGCAGUGCGAGUUCCCUCUUACGGGACCCGCCUGCGUCAGCCGCAUCAUCACCGAUCUCUGCGUCUUCGAUGUCGACUUCACUGAUGGCUUGACGCUGGUUGAGAUCGCCGAGGGUGUGACAGUGGAGGAGGUCAAGGCCAAGACGGAAGCGCCUUUCAAGGUUGCUGACGACCUGAAGCCUAUGCUGUAA